AUGGCCGCCUCAACAAAAUGUCUUCAACUUAUUGUUGUCAUGUUCAGUCUCGUUCAAUUGCUGCUCGGUUUAUUCGUCCUCAUCAUUGGUGGAAUAGGUUCAAAUAGGUCAGAUGCAAGGGUCAAAGAGGUUUUUGGGUUCUUCGUCGUUGUCGGCUGUGUCAUCAUCGUCGUCGCGAUCUCCAGUUUUGUCGGAGCUAUCAUAAGAAAUGUCUGCCUCCUGAUCAUUUCCUGUAUAUUUAUCGUUGUCGUUUUCUUCCUCAGUAUCAUCAGUAUCAUAACCCUUUCGUUUUUUAUACCCGGACAAAUAUUGGUCUUUCAGAAUCAGCGUUUCAACGGCAACAUGCCUACGUACCUAAAAGACGUUUCCUCGAAGCAAAUCAUUGACGACUUUCAGAGGUGGUCUGUGGUGCUGGCUCCGUUUAUCAAGUCGCUGAAGUAG